CAAAGAAGGUAGAUUUAAAAUGCUACGCCUUUUUAUCGGACUGCUCUGCUGGGCAGCAAUCACAACAGUAGCUUCCUCAUCCUACUCUGGCCGGGGAUUUACCUAUAGAAGAAGCUUUAACUCAACAGCAAGUCCCGCCCACAAAUGGGGAUUCAGCAGCAAUCCAACUUAUGUUGUGCUUGCGACAACAAAACCCAGCAGAAGGAGUCAAUUGCUGCCCAUGGUGAUAAACACCUGGAACUUCACGGAUGCCAAUGCCUUUGCCUGGCGCAUUCUGCAGCAAUCAGAGGGCGGAUUGGGACAGACGCGCAAUGCUGUUGUCGAAGGCUGCACCAAGUGCGAGCAGCUGCAGUGCGAUGGCACCGUGGGCUAUGGCGGCUCGCCGGAUGAACUGGGCGACACCACGCUGGAUGCCCUUGUCAUGGAUGGCGCCACAAUGAAUGUUGGCGCUGUGGCUGGAUUGCAGGGGAUUAAGGAUGCCAUUCAGGUGGCGCGUCAUGUUCUGGAGCGCACCUCCCAUACGUUGUUGGUGGGCAACUCGGCUUCAGAGUUUGCCAAGUCAAUGGGAUUCCGACCUGAGACAUUGGUCACCCCCGAAUCGAAACUCAUGUGGCAGAAUUGGAAGGCUGGCAAUUGUCAACCAAAUUUCUGGCAUGAUGUGCAUCCAAAUCCCAGGAUUUCGUGUGGUCCCUACGAGCCGCAGGCAACGCCCAUCACCCACUGGAAGGAAGAUCGAGCACGCACCGAAUUUCAAAUGGGUCACAAGAAUCACGACACAAUCGGCAUGAUUGCUAUCGAUGUGCAGCAGCAAAUUCAUGUAGGCACCUCUACCAAUGGGGCUCGCUUCAAAAUACCUGGCCGUGUAGGUGAUUCACCGAUUCCCGGUGCAGGCGGCUAUGCGGACAACGAAGCUGGAGCUGCAGUUGCCACUGGUGAUGGGGACAUUAUGAUGCGUUUUCUGCCCACUUUGCUGGCCGUCGAGGCCAUGCGCAGUGGCAAGACUCCGGGACAGGCGGCGGAGGCAAGCGUACAACGCAUCCUCAAGCGUCACAAAGACUUUUCGGGUGCUGUGAUUGCUGUCAAUCGGCUGGGAGAAUAUGCAGCUGCAUGUUAUGGGAUGUCUGAAUUUCCUUUUAUGGUGAGCAGCCCGCUGCAAGGUACUCAAAUGGAGACAGUUAAGUGUUUGGCACCAUUGGUGGAUGUUACCGUGGUGCCCUUAGCUUAAAUGUGCAAAAUCAUAUUAAAAAAUUCAUUAUUUUUAUGCUUAUUGUUGUGCUAGUCAUUUGUUUGGUUUUCAGUGUUGCACAACGAUUUUGUGUUGUUGCAGGUUUCGCUUUCCCGUGAUGAGGUCGAAAGAAUGUAGCAAAUAUCCGUUUUUAAACAGAUAUUUUGUUUGUAUUUUGAAAACAUCCAAUGUAAU